AUAAAUAAUACAAAACGUACCGAAAACAAAAAUAUGUCACACAAGACGAGCGCACGACGUGCCACAGAUCUGGAGUGUCCGCUGGCUUCGCUUGGGCGAACCAGCAAUGGGGUGCGGGAUCAGCUGGCGGCAGCCCACUAUCAUCAUCCGCAUCCGUUGAGCUCAAGUCCGUUAGACCCGCAAGCCUAUAAGAUGUCGCGCAAAUCACCAAAUCUGGGCCACAAUGUUAACGACACCGUCGCCAACGGGGAGCUCUAUCCACUAGCCUCGCGCAGCUCCACGCCGCACAGCGACCAGCAGACGCCAUCGUCAACGGCCACCACGGCUGCUGUGCUGCACAUGGUGCAGCAGAAGGCUGCCACAUUCGAGCUGCGUGGCCGGCACACGCGGCAUGAUCAGUCCAGCUAUGGCGCACACUCCACCGCGUCUGUGGGCCGCCAUGCGCAAGCAAAGAAAUCCCCGGAACUGCAGACAAUGCCUGCACCGGCAACCAGAACCAAUGCUCCUGUGCCGCAGCCGCGCAACUUUCUUACACUGGACUGGCUGCAUGGCAAUAGCGCGGACACCGAAGACUCUAGCGACAAUAACGCUGGAGGCGCUGCCAGCGCUGGUAGAAGACGCGGACAAGGCCAAGGUGGACGCUGCAGUGUGCCCACGGUGCUGGGCAACGGCAACAGUGCCCAGUAUCUGCUGGACAAGAAGAUGGAGUCUCUGUAUCUGGGCAAUGCGCUGCGUGCUCUGCCACUGGGUGCCGAAGCCAGCCAGUACCAAAACGAGCGUUACUACCUGGAGGACUACAGCAGCGGAAGCGGCAACGAGCGAUUGCCAGAACGUCUGCAUCAUCCGCGUAACUCCAGUCCCAGUGAGACGAGUGGCUCGGAUCGUUAUUUGCUAAAUCGCAGCACCAACUCGCCCGCCAAUGCCUUCCAGCUGGACCAUCACCACACCAAAGUCCAAAGUCUAUCCGAUGGCCUGUGUAAUAUGGGUCGCUUUUCACCUAGCCUGGACCAAGGAUAUGCCACGCUGGUGUCACCUUCGCCAACUGGCCAUCAUCCGAGCAGCACGGGUGGCAUUGUUGUGUGUAGCAAUCCCAAGAAUAGCAGCCCUAGCGUGGUCAGCGGAGGUGUCAUUACCAGCAGCACUCCCGCUACAACUCCGCGGCGUGGAUUGACCAGCAGCAGCAGCGGCACGGUCAAUGGCACAGCCAUUGGGCCGCCACCCUGGAACCGUAAGGGUCCCUAUCGCUGCGGACCCUACUUUGACCGCCUGCCCGAUGAGGCCGUUGUACGCAUUUUCAGCUGGCUGGAUAGUUGCGAGCUGUGCAAUGUAGCGCGCGUCUGUCGACGAUUCGAGCAGCUCGCCUGGCGUCCGGUACUCUGGAAGUGCAUCACGCUGCGCGGCGAGCAUUUGAAUGGUGACAAGACGCUGAAGAUGAUCUUCCGCCAGCUGUGCGGACAGAGCUGCAAUGGCGCCUGCCCGGAGGUGGAACGCGUUAUGCUCGCCGAAGGAUGUCGCAUAUCAGACAAAGGUCUGCAGUUGCUCACGCGUCGCUGUCCCGAACUGACGCAUCUGCAGCUGCAGACUUGCGAGGGCGUGUCCAAUCAGGCGCUGGUCGAGGCGCUCACCAAGUGUAGCAAUCUACAGCAUCUAGAUGUGACGGGCUGUAGUCAGGUGAGCAGCAUAAGUCCGAAUCCCCAUAUGGAGCCGCCGCGUCGUCUACUGCUGCAAUAUCUGGACCUGACCGAUUGCAUGGCCAUCGAUGACAUGGGCCUCAAAAUUGUGGUCAAAAAUUGUCCACAGCUGGUGUAUUUGUAUCUGCGCCGCUGCAUUCAAAUUACAGAUGCGGGUCUGAAGUUUGUGCCCAGCUUUUGUGUCUCGCUGAAGGAGCUAAGCGUUUCGGACUGCGUCAACAUCACGGACUUUGGUCUGUACGAGCUAGCCAAGCUGGGCGCCGCCUUGCGCUAUCUAUCUGUGGCCAAAUGCGAGAGAGUCUCUGAUGCGGGCCUGAAGGUCAUUGCACGCCGCUGCUACAAGUUGCGCUAUUUGAAUGCGCGCGGCUGUGAGGCAGUCAGCGAUGAUUCCAUCACAGUGCUAGCCCGCUCCUGCCCCCGCUUGCGCGCCCUCGACAUUGGCAAGUGCGAUGUGAGCGAUGCGGGUCUGCGCGCGCUCGCCGAGAGUUGCCCGAACCUGAAAAAGCUCAGCCUACGCAAUUGUGAUAUGAUUACGGACCGUGGCGUACAAUGCAUAGCCUAUUACUGUCGCGGCCUGCAGCAGCUUAACAUACAGGACUGUCAGAUAUCCAUCGAGGGCUAUCGGGCGGUCAAGAAGUACUGCAAGCGCUGCAUCAUUGAGCAUACCAAUCCAGGUUUCUGUUGAGGGAUCCCAAGCUGAAGCUGGUAAACGUUAAAGCAAAGAGGCAGGCCAUAUGAGCAAAGAUGUU